UUUAUAAAGUUAUAUAUAUUAUAUUAAAUCGAUUCGUUACAAUCACGACAGUUUAGUCAAUUUUGUUAGUUUUAAACUGGUAUUUUAGUAUUUAUUUCAUUUAACGAUGAAAAUAAAAUUUAUUUGGUGGAAAAUUAUUAAACAAUAUUUAAUAAAUUGCAGUAUACAUGGUGUUAAAUAUCUAGUAGACGAUCAAUUAUCAUAUAUAGAACGAUUAUUCUGGCUCAUAUUUUGUGUAUUAUGUUGGUGGGGUUGUACAAACAUGAUUAAAGAUGUAUUGAUAAAUUAUGUUCAAUAUCCUAUUGCUUUAACUGCCGAAACUACUUAUGUUGACUGGCAGAUACCUUUUCCUGCCGUUGCUUUUUGUAUUACUUCCGCUCCUACAUUGAAAAGAUAUUUCAUAUUGAAUCCAGGAUCAUUCACCGAUGCGCCUCGAAAAGUUUUUAAAUAUUCAUCUGAAGAACUUUUGUCUUUCUACGAAGAGAUACGUAUUCCUUGUAAAGAUUUCUUUGCGGAAUGCAGUUGGAAUAACAUAAAAUUCGAUUGUUGUACUAAAUUCCAGGAAUUAAGAAAAACUGGCGUGGGUUAUUGUCUUGCGAUAAAUACAUUUCAUUUGAAAAAAUUUGACAAAUCGAACGUGCAUUUCUUUGUAAAUCGUACUGUGAAAUAUGGUGAUCUUAUCAUUGAUAUUUCUGUAGAUGCAAGGAUGAAGCAACAUCUUUAUAAUGGAUUUGCAGUACACGUUCUCAAUAAUUUACAGUUACCAAUAUUUAAAAGGUUGAGUCAUAUAAGUUUAAAAAUCGGACACAUAACUCGAGUUGGGUUUACAAUGGAAGAUACAUUUAAUGAGGAUGGUGUAAAAAAAAUUGCGAUCGAACACAGAGGUUGUCGAUUUCCUGAUGAAAAACGAGCAUACGCUUUAUUUGAUAUUUAUAGCAGAGAUUCAUGUUAUGUAGAAAUAAUUAUAGAACGGAUGAUAAAGCUCUGUGGUUGCGUAAAUUUUUAUUAUUUUGUGCCUCAAGGAAUAAAAGUUUGUAAUAGUACGGAAAUGUCUUGCAUAUAUGCUAAUAAAAUGAAUUUCAAUAUGCAAUCACUUAUGGAUGAAUGUAUUCCGGAUUGUGAGGGGACAUCAUUGGCUGUGGAACAAUUACUUGAAUCUUAUAAAUAUGAUGCUUUAGGUGAAAAAUAUACACGUCUUCAUUUUACUUUGCUUUCACAUCCAAUGAUACGAUAUCGUCGAUAUGUGGUCAACGAUCUUUUAAAUGUUAUAGUUUCAGUUGGAAGUGCAAUUGGUCUUUUCAUGGGUGCCAGCAUUUUAAGUAUCUUUGAAAUACCAUAUUGGUUAUUCAUUCGUCGAGACAAAAUAAUAUAAGAUUCUAAUUUUAUUAUCAAUCAAAAUAUUAAAAUAUGUAAAUAGAGAUUGAAUUUAUAUUAUCUUUUUAAUUAUUGAUUUUUUAACAUGAAAUGUAAUUAUUUCAUGUAAUUAUUUUGCACACAUAUUGUAUAUUUCAAUAAAAAAAAAGAUAGAGCAAAUAGUUUAAUAUUAUAAAUAAUAUAACAUAUGUUUUACUAAUUAUUAUUCGGAUAUUAACAUGAUCCGAAAAUUUAUUACAGUUUUAUCUUUAUAUUAUUUGUUGAUAAAUGUACAUACGAAAUUAAAGAUAUAAAUAUCUUCUUGUAAAUACAUCAUAAAGAAAUCACUUUAAUACACAUUGAUACUUAUAUAAAGACUAUUUCACGAUACGAUAUUUAUUUUCUCGACGAUGUCAAAAUCAGAGUUAGAAAUUGAAAUCGCAUCAGAAUGCUUGAAUGGUAAAAAAUUAUUUUCUAAUAUUCAUAGUUUUAAUUUGCUCACAUUUCAAGAAGUGCAAACUUUAGUUAAACGUAUCUCAAGUGAUAAAGCAAUUGUACAAAAGUAUUCUCUGAAAUCAUAUUCUGAUGGAAAACUUGGAUUUCUUGGAUCCCAUCAAAGGCUCAAUGUGGAGAUUAAAACCACAAAUGGAAAAGAUAUAUUAACUUUUUUUGUUAAAACUGUGCCAUACGAUUUACCAGUUCAAGCUGAAUACGUGCUCGAUAAAUGUGUCUUUUUGAAAGAAAAAAUUUUUUACCGUGACAUAAUUCCACAAUUAUAUCAUGAUUAUAAAGGUGAAUCAUGGACAGCAACUUGUUUCUUAAUAAAAAAAAAUUUGUUAUUAUUCGAAGAUUUAAGUACCAAGGGUUACUCAUUGAGAAAUAAAUUGUUCAACAAGGAACUUAUUGUAUCUAGUUUAACAAGCAUUGCUAAAUUACAUGCAUGCUCUUUAUUAGCAGAAGCACGUCUUGGAAAAUCUCUGAAGGAAUUAUACCCGCAAGCUUUCGUAGAAAAUGCUUUUUCCGAGACUGGAAAGACUAGCGAAUGGUUUGAUGUAAGUGUAAAUGCUAUAAUUGCUAUCGCUAAACAUCUUAAUCUGGAUGCUAGUUUAAUACCAAAAACUUGUAAAGAAGUAUAUGCAGCUUUAAAAAUGUCAUCUAUAAAAAAGAAUGUAAUUAGUCACGGAGAUUUAUGGGGAAAUAAUCUGAUGUUCAGUAAUAGUAUACCUCCGAAGUGUCUGUUGAUUGAUUUUCAAUUAAUUAGAUAUUCUCCUUUGGCGCAUGAUGUAAUACAACUUUUAUAUCUUUGUACUGAUCGUGAUUUUCGAGUAACUUGGGAAGAAACUAUGCUAAAGCAUUACUAUAGCGUGUUAUGUGAAACUCUAAACUCGACAAAAACAAUUUCUGUGGAAAUUCCAGCUUGGUCAGAAUUAAUUGAAGGAAUAGAAGAACAGAGAUUAGCUGCUAUAAUUACUGCAGCUAUAUAUUUUCAAACUGUAUUAUUAGAUGAGAAAUUGGGAGCAGAAAUUUUGAGUGAUCCUAAUAGUUAUCAUGAA